AAGUGUCAAAAAAUAAUAAAUGACAGGUUAACUCAGGUAACAAACUAACAAGAACUUUUAAUCACAAUUUAGUUUUCUGAUGGAUAAACCCAUCGAACUUAUAAACAUGGAACCUGGGAAUUACCACAAAAAUAUCAGUCUUGAGGGGUUUAUAGGAGAUUCAAAAUCAAGCUCUUUAAAUUCUAAACAAGAAACUACUAGUUGGGGAAAAACGUCCCCAAGUAAAAGUUAUUGCUCCUCGAGCUCAACAUCAACAGAAAAUGUCGUUUCUACUUUGGAAAGAAGAAAAAUAACGAAGGCAAAUACUGAAGCAAUUUUGAAUUCUCGAGCUGAUGAAAUCCCUUUAUUCCCCGGUGAGAAGAUUUCAGAGCAAGCGAGAGACGUAACUUACGUUUGUCCUUACAAUGGCCCCUCGAGAGGAGUUUUAACCGUUACAAAUUACAAACUUUAUUUUCGAUCAACGGAUAAAGAUUUAAAUACAAUUAUUGAUGUUCCUUUGGGUGUGGUUUCUCGAAUAGAAAAAGUAGGGGGUUUAUCAUCUCGAGGUGAAAACGCGUACGGAAUUGAAGUUUUUUGUAAAGAUAUGAGAAAUUUAAGGUUCGCACAUAAACAAGAAAAUCAUUCUCGUAGAGAUAUGUUUGAAAGACUUCAACAAUUUGCGUUCCCCCUUUCGAAUAAAUUAAAACUUUUCGCUUUUGAGUAUUCGGAAAUGUUCCCAGAAAAUGGGUGGGCUGUUUAUGAACCAAUCGCUGAAUUAAAACGAAUGGGUAUUAAUAACGACAUGUGGAAAAUCACCAAAAUAAACGAUAAUUACGAAAUUUGCGACAGCUAUCCCGCAGUUUUAGCCGUUCCAGCUCAAGUUACAGACGAAGAAAUAAAAAAUGUUGCUAAUUUUCGGAGCCGCGGUCGAGUUCCCGUUUUGAGUUGGAUUCAUUCCGAAUCGCAGGCCACUAUAACUCGAUGUUCACAACCGUUGGUUGGUGUUAGUGGAAAAAAAUGUCGUGAUGAUGAGAAAUUUAUUUCGUUAAUUAUCGAUGCUAACGCUCAAUCCGAUAAAAUGUUUAUUUUGGAUGCUCGACCCAGUGCUAACGCCAUGGCUAAUAAACCAAAAGGAGGGGGAUACGAAUCUGAGGAUGCUUACAAAAACGCCGAGCUUGUUUUUUUGGAUAUUCAUAAUAUUCACGUUAUGAGGGAAUCUUUACGGAAACUUAAAGAGCUUUGUUUUCCUACGAUCGAAGAAACCAAGUGGUUAUCUGGGUUAGAAUCAACAUAUUGGUUGAAACAUAUUAAGUGUAUCUUAGCUGGUGCUGUUAGAAUCGUUGAUAAGGUUGAAAAUCAUAAAACAUCAGUUUUAGUUCAUUGUUCUGAUGGUUGGGAUCGAACAGCUCAACUUACAGCUUUAGCUAUGUUAAUGCUUGAUCCAUAUUAUCGUACGAUAAAAGGAUUUGAAGUUCUAAUUGAGAAGGAGUGGUUAUCUUUUGGGCAUAAAUUCCAACAGAGGGUUGGACAUGGCGAUAAUCAUCAUUCCGAUGCUGAUCGUUCCCCCGUUUUCCUUCAAUUCAUCGAUUGCGUCUGGCAAAUAACCCAACAAUAUCCAAAUGCAUUCGAAUUUAACGAGUACUUCUUAAUAACGAUUUUAGAUAAUCUUUAUUCCUGCCGAUUUGGAACGUUUUUGUACAACAGCGAAAGAGAACGAGUUGAACAACGUGUUAAAGAAACGACCGUUUCUCUUUGGUCUUACACUAAUAGCCAAUUAGAAUUGUAUUUAAACCCGCUAUAUUGGGCGAAUCCCCAUCAACAAGAAGUGUUGAUUCCGAUUGCGAGUUUAAGGAAUAUUCGGCUUUGGAAAGCGUAUUAUUGUAGGUGGAACCCAAGUAUGCGUAUUCAGGACCCCGUAUAUCAAAGAAUCAGGGAGUUACUUCGAUUGAAAGAGCAAUUCCAAAAGCAGGUUGAAGAAUGUCGAAAAGAACAACAAUUACGAUUAACAAAGGCGAAUUCUUCGUCACCUUAAUUAAAAUAUCAAUUAUUAUAAAUUAACUUUAACCAAAAAUAAAAAUUCGAUUAUAUUCCUUA